AUGCCGGUCGACAAAGAUUUCGAUGAACUGCAAACGUUGAAGAAGAAAUACUCGAUGCUGUUCAGUUAUCUCCUACUACUAGUACCAGAAGAUUGUCACGUCGUUUCAAUGUUUCCUAUACCAGCAAAUUUGUCCCAGCGGUUAAUUCGACAAUGCACACGAGAUCCUAACUUCCUGAACUGCAUUUUGGUUACUGAUGAAUUUUGCUUUACAAGAAACAGGAUUCUUAAUUUUCGAAAUACCCAUACUUGGGCUGAAGAAAACCCUCAUGCGACUGCUGUUGGACAUUACCAACAUCCUUUUUCUUUAAAUGUCUGGUGUGGUGUUCAAAGCGACAUCAUCGGCCCCUUUUCUUUGCCUCCUAGGCUGUCAGGCAUUAGGCAAAGGCUGUGGUUUAUGCAUGACGGUGCUCCAGCUCACUUUUCCAAUAGUGUCACUGAUUAUUUAAAUGCAACUUAUGGGUUUGUCGAAACGGACCUGUUAAAUGGCCAUAACGAUCUCCGGAUUCAACGCCAUUAG